ACCAAACAGUUCCCGGAUCGAGACAUUCAACUGGCAGCUAUGGCAAUUGGAAAGUGGUUAUGCAUGGAUUAUGACGUAGACAAGAACGGCGUCUUAGAUGAAACACAGGAGCUGAUCGACUCCACUGACGAGAAUGGGGACGGACAAACAACAAGUGACGAAUUUGCACGAAGCUGGUCCAAGAUGAAUGAAAAACUGCACGAAAAUUGGAGUCGGGCAAUAUUUGAAUGGGUCGAUACGAAUCAGGAUGGAUUUUUGACUAUGGAAGAUCGCUUCCUCGAGCAACAUCAUGAUCCAAUCACUGGAGUCCUCCUAAUAAAGGACUGUAUCAUGCUUUGUGCAGAUCAUUUUCUGAGAUAUGAAAAGAACCUUCGAAAGGAAAUCAAAGAGCAAGAACAAAAGGGUGUUCUUCAAUUCAGUGAUUUUUUGCUGUGAACAAAAACACAAAGCAGUGAUCAGAAACUACUUCCGAUGACGAUAACUUCCUUUCUUUGUUAAAUCUUGGACAAUAUAAUGAAGCGAUUUUAUCCUCUGCCUUAACCGCUAAA